AUGAAGGGUUUGCAAUUACAUGGUGAAGAUCUGCAUGCAACAGGAGGUGGAGUGGCAAAUGAAACAAACAACUUUGAUGGCAUGGAUGAAGAUCACUCUAGAGAGAUCUGGCUGGAGAGAGAACAAGAAGAUCUCAUCGAUAAUGCUUCGAUAUUUUGUGAUGAUUUCCCUCCUCUCCUUGAUUUCCCUUGCAUGUCAUCAUCUUCAUCCACUCAGGCGCCAUCGGUCAAGGCCAUGGCUUGCUCGUCAUCUACGUCCUCGGCCUCGUCGUCUUCCUCGGGGACUUCUUGGGUUGUUUUAAGGUCAGAUGCAGAAGAUCAUAAUCAACAUGAUCCAAUAGAUGCACCAGCAGCAGCAGUGGCGGCCUUGUCGUCCACGGGCUCGAUGGAGAUCUCUCAGCCGUCUGAUCAAGGGAAUAGUAAUAUUGAUGGUGUUGAUUGUAUAGAUGUGAUGGAGAAUUUUGGAUGUAUAGAUCUACUUGACAGCAAUGAUUUCUUUGACCCUUCAUCUAUCUUUCACCCAGAUGAAAACCCACUUGGAGACUUUCAUCAACAGCAAGAACAACGGCUGUCUUCUCUGCAGAUGAACAACAAUGGAGGGAUUACUCAAGGAGGAGGAGGAGGAGAGGAACCUGCAGAUGACCUUGCUAUGGUGUUCUUGGAGUGGUUGAAGAGUAAUAAAGAGAGCGUCUCUGCUGAAGACUUGAGGAAUGUGAAGAUCAAGAAAUCCACCAUUGAGUGUGCUGCUAGAAGGUUAGGUGGUGGGAAAGAAGCCAUGAAACAAUUGUUGAAGCUCAUUCUUGAGUGGGUCCAAACUAAUCAUCUUCAGAAAAGAAGAAUCAAAGACCAAAACCCUAACCCUAACCUGAACCCGAUACGACAACCCGAUCAAACGAACCCUUCGUGUUACACACCUCCCUCAAUGUGGAUUCCUCAACCGACUUAUGUUGAUCCAUUUCAAGGGCAAGUGAUUGGGUAUAUGGGUCAUGACCCGUAUGUUCAUGGAGCUCCAAAUAUCAGCCCUUAUCCACCUACAGGUGAUUUUCACAUACUAGAUUCUUGUCAAUCAUGGUCACCGUCUCAGUUCACCAUGCCACCCAAUUACAACUCAUUUCCUGAUAAUAAUUUUAAUCCCAAUUCAUCUGGGUAUGUAGCUGGGUAUCCUAAUCAGUACCAGUAUCCGUAUUUACCUGGACCCGGACAAGGUGGUACCAGUACUGGUGGUGGUGGUGAGAGGUUAGUGAGAUUGGGUUCGUCUGCAACGAAAGAAGCGAGGAAGAAGAGAAUGGCUAGACAGAGAAGGUUUCUGUCGCACCAUAGGAAUCACAACCACCAUCAAAACGGUAACCAAAAUCAUGGUGCAGACCCACAUGCAACAAGGCUAGGAAAUGACGAUUGCACCCCAGCGGUUGGUGAAGGCACCCCUGCAAGCUGGUUGUAUUGGUCCCCCGGUGUCACAUCUGGACCCCCGGUACUACCACCGGAUGCUCCGGCGGUGCAUCAAGUGGAUCGGCCCCCCAUGCAGGCUCAGGGGUACCAGCGGCAGGUCUCAUCAGACCGCCGGCAGGGAUGGAAACCUGAGAAAAACUUGAAAUUUCUUCUUCAAAAAGUUUUGAAGCAGAGCGAUGUGGGAAAUCUUGGACGGAUUGUGUUGCCAAAAAAAGAAGCAGAGACUCAUCUACCAGAAUUGGAUGCAAGAGAUGGCAUCUCCAUUGCCAUGGAAGACAUUGGCACUUCACGUGUUUGGAACAUGCGUUACAGGUUCUGGCCCAACAACAAAAGCAGGAUGUAUCUUCUUGAAAACACGGGAGAUUUUAUUAAAACCAAUGGACUACAAGAAGGAGAUUUCAUUGUCAUCUACUCAGACGUCAAGUGUGGCAAAUACUUGAUAAGAGGAGUGAAGGUACGUCAACCGGGACCGAAAUCCGAGACGAAGAAGGCAGGAAAAUCGCAGAGAAACCAGCAUGUAAAUUCUUCUUCAGCUGGUGUGAAUAAUAUUAGUCAUAAUAUUUCAUCGUCAUCAACACAAACGUCAAAAGCUUCGUGUGUUGUGAGUUUUGCUUUAAAACGGACAAUAUUGAUUGAUAGUGUUGUCAAUAUUGAUUGUUGGGAUAUCAAUUUAUCAUUUUCGAAGAUUUGCUCCACAAAUUCAGUUGAAUCAUUUGCAUCCAAUUCGACUAUUGAGAUACCAAUUUAUGAUUUUUGGAGAAGAGUUGAACUGUUGAUUAAUAUUGACCCUUGCAUUAGUAUUGCUAGUGUCUUUUGCAUGGGCCGUAAGAGGAUGGAUUCGCUGAUAUGGAUCGUUUAA